AUGCUAACAGAGGAAAAAGACGACGAGAUCACUCAACUGGACUUUUCGCAAGUCACACCCUACAAGGCGGAUUUCAAGUAUGAGGAGGAGGAGCCGAUACAGUGGUACCACAAAGAGUUCAUCAGCGAUCGUGUUUAUUCCAUCACAAUGUCAAUUGAAAAGCUAGCAUUCAAUGAUUGGAUCGUUUUCGACAAGAACUACAAAAAACGCAUGGAUCUCAAGGCCAAAGUCCUGGCAGAAGUAGGAUCCGACGCCAUCGACUGCAGGGACGAAGGCUAUGCCGGCUGCGUGGAAAUGCUCGAAUGCCUGCUCGAGUAUCUCCCGAGACGUUUCCCUACCAUCUUCAAGCUGUCGGACGACGGGAAAGAAAUCCAUAACGCUGCCACGGGCGAGACUUUUGACGUCUCGAAACCAUACAUCAAAUUCCAUCCCCUAUACAUCGCGGGCCGGCUGGUGGAAGACGACCUGAAUAUCCUGGUUGAAGGUCCCACGGGCGAGUACGUUUUGAAGGCAGUGCUGUCCGCUUUUCCAGCGGGAUUUCAUGUUCGGGAAAAGAUGAACCAGACCCUAACCGACAUCCAUAAGCCGGUACCAAUGUACAAGGAGAGGUUGCAGAAGUCGAUGAACAGAUUCUUCAGGAACGUUGGGCCGUCAAGCAUGGUCAUGCGAGUGAAUUGGGCCAUCAACGACAAAGAAGAGCUCUUCUUGACCGAAGGCGGUCAUCUCUACGAGAAUGACGAAGGAGUGGCAGACGAGAACAUCGACAUCAACCAAGUCCAGCUCCGGGUAGAACGACAAGUGCUUCGCCGACUACCUCGUACCAAGGCCAUCUGCUUCGUUACUAAAACCUAUCUUUAUCGGCUUGUGGAUAUUGCACACACGCCCGGCUUCGCCGCUCGGCUGGGAGGGCUCCUGCACAAGCUUCCCGAAAAGUUUGCUUUUUACAAACGGAAACCGGUCUGGGGGAAGGUUGUUCUGAGGUAUCUGGACGAGAUGGCUGCAAUGUAUCCUGCCCUGGAGCCAGAUACUACAGCAUGA